AAAAUAAAUACUACAAAUGCCGGGUUUGUUUUCUCUUAUUGUUAAUAAAGUUUUUGUUAAAUGUAACUUGACUACAGUAAUGUGUCUACGGGAGAUGUAGUCCAGUUACGAUUUACCUUCAUAGCAUGACGGGAGAUGUAGUCCUACACUUCGGGAAGUCAGCUAACAGCCCCUCUGUUGCAGUGAUGGCGGAGGGCAGGAGCGGAGACGAUGUCGUGUCAGAGUUUCUCCAGCAGAACCCUCACCUGGCGCAGUGGGUGGAGUCUCUGGCAGGGGAGAGCGAGACAGAGAAGCAGUGGAGCGCCCGACGGGAGUUCAUCCUUCGUAACAUGGAGGGCUUUCCCACCAUCCAGCCAGGCAGCCCCAGCCCCAGCCUGGACCGGCUGAUCUCGCUCUCCAUGGUCUGGGCUAACCACAUCUUCCUGGGCUGCCGGUACCCCCAGCCAGUGAUGGACAAGAUAACCGAGAUGGCAGAAGGGAUUGCAGUCCAGAACGCUCCCACCCACAAGACUAGAGACGAGAUAAUGGGCAUGAGUAAAGAUGCCUCCAAGAAGCCGAAACCAGGAGUUAGUUACAGAGCCAAAACUGGGCCUACACUACAGGCCCCCAAGGAGCACCAGCCUUUCUUCAACCGGCUGUACAAGGCAAUUGCCUGGAAACUGGUAUCAGCAGGGGGGUUUGGGCCGAACAUAGACCACUUUGAGAUCCUGCGGACCUGCGUGGAGUCUGCCAAGGCCAGCCUGGGCUGUGUUUUUGUGCCCCUGAAGGAUAUCCCAGACCUGCCAGCAGGUCGGGCCCAGCAGGGGGGGCUGGUGUGUGAGCUGCGCUGUCAAACUGUGUACCUGGGCACCGGCUACGGGCGUGGAGAGGACAGUGCCAGGGCCAUGGCAGCCAAAGAGGCUCUGAAGCUCUUCCAGAGCCGCAAGGUCACGGUAAAGAUCUUCCGCCGGAAGUACAGUGGCCGUGAUGUUGAGGAUUUAGUGCUGCACGACGACCAAAUGAGGAACUCUAGCUUUCCCCCUGCGCUGAGCUACCCCUUUGAUCCAGAGUAGCAACAGCUGCAGAAUCCAGUCCUUUGGAACAGCAGGAAACGCACACACACCUACCUAGAGUUACAAAGAGCAUACAGGCUCUUCCCUGGGUCUCACUUACCCUUAUGAGGCACAGCAACUGAAUACAAGGCAUUUGGUAAUGCUUUGUAACUCUUCUUGAUCCUGUUUAGAUUUUCCCAGGUUCUAGUUUCAGCCAGGUUGUAUAUCUUGCCAUCUAUUGCACACAGAACACUUACAGCAGACUAGGAGAAAGCAGAGUUUUGAUUUCACAUUCCCUUUAACUGAAAUAAUGCAGUCAUCAGGAAGUGUAAAUCAACAAAUAGUACUAAAGUGAAAGGCUCGGUUAAAACGUAAUGCCUUCCUGUUUACCAGUGGAAAGUGUAAUGAAGACUGCAGUCGGCUCUUAGUCCUUUACUGGACAACUUUUAAUACUCAUGACCGCCGUGAAGUAUUAAGUGAUAUUUCAGCGCCAACAUCGUAGGAAAGUUUCCCCAGCUUAUCUUAACAUGUAAAUGACAAGAAACUUGCUAUAGUUUUAUUGUUAAUGUAAAAGUGAAGACAGUUUUAAGUUUUAACUCAACGGGAGGGAAUGUUUAAAAUCAGAGAAAUAUAAAGUGUGUGUGUUUUUUUUUCUUUUAAUCAAAAUUGGCAUCUGUCAUUUGGGAUAAGCUACAUCUCCCCCAUUUGGUGCUUCAGAAUUGUUUUGUUCUAGCUUAAAUGUUUCAGUAAGACUUCUAGUUAAUUUUGAGUGAAUUUAAGAACUAGUUUAAGAAAAAACAACUAUCAGUGUGAAUGUAUUUAUUUUACUUUUUUAUUUUUUAUUUACAUAUUUAAAUGAAUCCUCCAGAUUUGUUUCUGUUUGGGUACACACUGAGCCUCUUGGCCACACUUGAACAGAGCACACUAAUCGGAAGCAGCCACCAGUGUGUGUACCGCUCUUUCAUUUUAAAAUAAAAGGUGAGAUAAAAGUUUGAGGAGGAGUGUUAAACUUCAAGGAUGCUUGGGCUGUAUGUUUACCAAGGUACACGCGUUCAGCUUCAGCCACAGAUACUAAAAGCAUGCAGAUAUUUGGACACACACAUCAGCAGGUAGAGAUCUAGCUUCAGCCAUUUAACUGCUUGCAUUAACAGCAUUUUGGUAAAUGCACUGACCUUCAAACAAUGUGUGACGAUGCUUCUGUCUGAUUGAUCAAAUGUAAUCUAAUCUGGUGUUAACUCAAGACACAUGGUCCUGUUUACUGUCCUAGGAUUUUGUUUUACCUCUGUAGUAAAUCUACAAAAUCACCACUAGAAGGCGGCACAAGCUUAAGAACCAAUACAGAAAAAGUAAAAAAGUCUAGAGGCCAAAACUGCUCCGUAUUGUCAGCGGCUCCAAAUGACAGCACCUCCAAGGCUUAAGGCUUGCUUGCAGGGUAAUAUAGGGAAGAUUUGCCAGUUCUAAAAUAAAAAAAUACAAAAAA